GAAUUAAAAGGGAAUAAGGAGGAUGGACAUCCAAUAACUCCGCCGGUCGCUUAAACCACUUACUCGCACAUUAUCGCCGACCACGCGGCAGCGGCCUCAGGGCUACGUAUGAACGCAAUACUCCAUAAAAAGCAAAGCCGCAGUCCUCCACCAGUCGUAAAUAACGACGCGCGAAACUAUGAAGCACAAUUUGUGUAACUGGGAUGGGUGGCGCAGAAAAUGGUAGGCGUGGAGCCGGCGCCUAGUUUGGAAAAGAUCUUGCCCCAGGCCGCGUGUCAACGUAAUGCUCUGCACGAUAGCACGGUGGAGACCACCACUCACAAUUAACGUCUAGCAGCCACGCCGGUUCUUGAAACCUAUGCUCAUUAAUCGUCAGCAGUCGUUCCGAAACAUGGCUUUACGACCGAGUUACCCAGAGAUUUGCUUAAGGAAUUCUCUAAGAUGGUGCCCCCGGCAAAUGAUUGGGUCUGGCCCUAGUAUGAUCGUACCAAUCUACGUAUCAAUGUGCGUAACAUUCAUGGAUGCACCGUAAUAGGAGUUAAAGAGUGUGGAUUGAUCUUGGAGUGAUGUUCAUUACGUGGGAUAUCCCCCAGUUUCUCGGUGCUCGGUUGUCUUGCACAUCUCAAGACCCGGUUGUGUGAAUGUCAAACUGAAGCCAAGUCGUGCAAUACUACGAUGCGGCGGUCAUGGGCCUUCAUUCUUGUCGCCAUCGGCAUUGCCAACGGCCUACCUUCUAAGGUUGAUCCUAAUCCAUAUGACUUUGGUUAUGAGCACGAUGCUUAUGGGCCGCAUCCCCUAUCGGUCUUUAAGUCUGCAGCUGAAUUAGAGGUACCUAAACUCGAUGUAUUGCAGUCAAGCAAAGAAUGCGAGUCGUCUCUAUAUACACUCCUAACUCCCCGAGGCGGCGCUACUCGUGAACCGCAAACGACUAUCCUCGACGGCAAUGGCGAUUUAAUAUGGACAUCGAGUUGGCGCGGGCAGCAACUAUAUAACCUCAUGGUCCAGGAGUACAGGGGCGAAAAGUACCUAACUUUCUGGGCCGGAAACGAUGCCGUCGGCGGACAUGGCGCCGGGACCAUCAUCAUGCUGGACAAAUCGUAUGUCUUAUUUAAAGAAAUCAAGGCAGCUAACGGCCUCGAUGCGGACCUACACGACUUCCGCAUCACCGAAGCGGGGACCGCUCUAAUCACUGUCUACGAAAUCGUCCAACGAGACCUUUCUGAGGCUGGAAAAAACCACAUCGGCCCGGUGUGGGAUUGCCUUAUCCAAGAAAUCGACCUCGAAACCGGACAAGCGAUUUUUCAAUGGCGCGCAUUGGACCAUUGGAGGUUAUCCGAUGGCUUCAGAGACAUCGGCGAUGCAGGCGAGGGCAACAAUGCGUACGACUUUUUCCACAUGAACAGUAUUGCCAAAGACGAAAGAGGCAAUUACCUCACUUCAAGCCGAUACAUGCACAGUUUGACAUACAUCAACGGCAAGACUGGUGAUGUAAUAUGGAUCCUUGGCGGCAAGAGGAACAUGUUCAAGGACCUUUCUAAUGGCACUGCUACGAACUUCGCCUACCAACAUGAUGCACGAUGGUCUGGUAACGAUACAAUUACCCUCUUCGAUAAUGGAGUUGAUGACGUGCAUCGUGAUAUUGCGGAUACCCGUGGAUUAAAACUCAAGAUCGACGAGAAAGCCCUGACAGUGUCGGUGGUGGCAGAAUAUUUCAACCCCCACAAAAUCCAUGGAGUUUCUCAAGGAUCAUUUCAAUCUUUAUCCAACGGCAACGUCCUUCUCGGCUACGGAAACUCUGCAGCAUUUACAGAAUUCACCAGCGACGGCGAUGUUCUCUGCGACACACAUUUCGGCCCAGAGAGCCGAUUCGGAACCGCAGAAGUUCAAUCCUACCGAGUAUACAAGUACGAAUGGCAUGGCCAACCGUUAACAAAGCCAUCAUCAGCAUUGCGAAGAAAUAGUUCGCGACAUUGGAAUUUUUACGUCAGUUGGAAUGGUGCGACCGAAGUGUCUAAGUGGAUACUUCAGGGCGCACCAGGACCCAACGCCACCGACCAUGUGUGGAAAGAAGUCAAUCGAACAGAUAGGUUAAGUUUCGAAUCUGCUUUUGAACUACGCAAGUCAUAUCCGCGAUACCUGAGGGCAGUUGCUGUGCAUUCCAAAGGGCACAUGUUGGGUGUUAGCGAGCCAGUCGAUUCAGAAGAAGUAAAAGAGCAGAUUGUAUAUACAUAUGGAUUCAAUUUUACCGACGACGAAGUUUGGAUAACAGAGAUCGCGAUGGCGGUCGCUUGUGUUUUUAUUUUGGGCGCUCUUCUACGGAUGGGGUGGAUGGCAUGGGUUAAGCGAUCAGCGGUCUAUUCACGAGUGCCAACUGCACCAAAUUAACUAUGUAAACUAGUCUAAAUUUAAUUUCCUAUGUUUUUGAUAUUAUAUUAGAUUU